UCUAUCUCUCUCUCUAUCUAUCUUCUGUGACAAUGACUUUUGUAAUUGUCUAUCCUUUUGUUUGUUUUUCUCUUUUUGGCCUUGAUUUGACUCUGUUAUUCAUCCCAUUCCAUCUCUCUCUCCUGGUCUGUCUUCACAUAUUUCUUUCUCUCUUCUCAUUCCUUAUCCUACCUACUGUACAUCCUGUCUACUCAUUUUGAAUUUUUCCAUUUUUACUCCUUGUCCAUCUGUCUCCCUUUUUCUCACUUUCACUUCUCCCUGUACAUUUGUCAUCAUCUCUUGUUCACGCCUUCAAUUAUAUGUCUCGCCAUUUCUCUCCUACUCUUCUUCCUGUCCUUUCAUAUCUACUCCCACACACUACCUUCCACUCACCUCUCCAACCCCCCCACCCCACUCUCCACUGUCUCUUCAUCUCUCUGUUUAUUUCUUUGUUUAUCCUUCUCUUGCUGUCUGGUCUAUCUCUCUGUCCCUUUUUGCAGGGUGGGAUGAUUGCUCUGCUUCUUUCCAUCUUGUGCUUGGUGAUGAUCCUGUACACACGGAAGCGCUGGUGUAAGAGGCGUCGGGUGCCCCAGCCUCAGAAGAGCGCGAGUGCCGAAGCAGCUAAUGAGAUUCACUACAUCCCAUCUGUGCUGCUGGGUGGGCAGGCACGCGAGAGCUUGAGGAACUCCCGGUGCCAGGGUGCCAAUGCCAGCGGCACCCUCAGUAUCCGUGAGACGCCCAUCCUCGAUGGCUAUGAGUACGACAUUGGUGAGCUGCGCCAGCACCUGCAGCGUGAGUGCAUGAACGGUGGUGAGGACUUCGCCAGCCAGGUGACACGCACGCUCGAUUCGCUUCACGGCUGUAAUGACAAGGCCAACGUGGAUCUCACCCCCGGGAAUGACAAUACAAAACUGUCCCUGAUGAGCAAGUACAAGGAUAACAUCAUAGCCACCAGUACCGUUGACAGCAAUCACCAGCAAAACACGCUCUUCCCACACAACACCUCCACCAACCAGCGCACGCGUCUGUCCAGCAACACGCGCGGUGAGUGGUCGGCCAUGCCUGCAGACGCCUGCAUUUAAACAUGCCCGCUGCCACCCACAGCUGCCAUUCUCACUUCUUGGUUGUAUCCCAAAUGCUAGUGUGUGGUAAAAUUGUAACGACUAAAGAACAUGCUACACAAAGAUACAAUAAGGAUUAUGAGCAUCCUACUAAUCAAUCAUGUAGUGUCUCAUAAAUUAACCCAGCUCACUAAACCUGACAUGGUGUGUAAAAAUGCUGAGCAAACAACAUGAUUGGUAAGACACACACAUUCCUACAGCUACCUAGGAUACAUAUGAAUGCCCAAAAAUAACAAGCCUUGUUACAGCAUAUUUCUAGUGUUUGGGAUAUUUCUUCAAAUCUGAGGUUGAUUUUAAUAACUAGACAUGACUCCUAGUGUUUGGGACGAAGCCCCAAGGAAAGUGUGAUGUUUUCCCUCCUAUACAUACUCAUAAAGAUUGAUUUAUGUUUAUCUUGUGUCUCUCUAAAUAAUAUGAUUAUUAUCCAUGCACAUCCCUAAUAUUAAAAAUGUUAUUUUAGUAACUUCCAUGUCAGACUUAGUUGCGUACAUUAUUAGAUGUAUAUUGUUUUGUUUUUUUUUCUUCUUUCUCAUGCGCAUGUGUGUGUGUGAGCAUGUGUGGGAGUCAACAUCUCUGUAUUUACAAUUACAAUCAAGCUGCACCAGUCUUGUAUUGUAUGAUGUGCCCCUGUUUAAGACCACAGCUCAGGAAUAUCACUACAUUUUAUCCAUGUAGACCUGAGACAUUCAAAACAUCCCCCAGAGACCCCGAAUUUGUCCGUCUUUAUUCUCUUACAAUACCGGAGCUGUAAUCACACUGCUGCAGCGCUUGAUUACACAGGUCAGCCGCUGAGGGCUGGAGCAGAACAAAAAUGUGACUCUGCCAAUUGUCUGACGAGGUCUGGGUCUGCAACCUCACAUUUACUCAAAUCAUAUUUGAUGCAUACUUUUUUCUUUUUCUUUUUUUAAACUUUUUUUCUUCUUCUUUUUUUUCUCUAUUUUUUUUUGUUGCUCAGCUAUCUACAGCCCAAUAUAAUCUGCUUUCGGGGACCAACAGUUCUCGUCUUAAAAGUAUUUGUGUGUGUUUCCUGACUUCUUCAGAUCAGUGCAGCUAACCUGCUCUCUCUAAGUUUUUUUUAUUUUAUAGAUGCCCACUUAUAUAGGAAAUGGAACUUAAUGGAAUAACUUUUGAUACAAGUGGCUGUUUGACAGUGCAGAACACUGCACUAUGGGAAGUGGCAGUUUGAGGCUCUGGGCAAUGUUCUGCUGGGAAACUUUGGGUCCUGGCGUUCAUGUCAAGGCUCGAAUUGCGACCGUUUUGGUUGCAUAUGCUCCUGAAAUUUAAUCUGUGCGACCCCAAAAUAUAUUUGGGAGCAUUUGUGCGAGUGCAAAUAAUUGUUGUGGUGUGACCUGUUUUAAUUUCUCUACGAAAGGUGCACAGUAUGUGGUUGCUUUGAGCUGAUCCGGUAACCCGUCCACCGUUCUGUCCAGUGUUACAAAACCAAUUAAACUUCUUUACAUCUUUACAUUCUUAACUUUAAUGCAGAGUCUAGAUUGUUCAAUAUUAGCCGUCGAUCGCUCCCUUUCACUGCGCUCCGUUGUCACGUGACGGGGAGCUAACUAGCUGGCAAAAUAUAAAGAGCUGAAGAGAGAAGAUGAAAAGAACACCGAGAUUUCUUUUGUAAGCCGUCUAAAGUUACAGAUAAUGUGAGUCCUGGAGUUGGUGAUGGUGAUCAUGUGGAGAAUGUGGAUCCACCAGCAGAAAAGAAGGCUUGCAGUUUUCAGAGAGACUGGCUGAAAGACUUUGAGUGGCUCUGCUAUGAAAAUGGCUAAAUGCACUGCGUCCACUGUAAAGCCUGUGGGGAGAGGUUGCAGGUAACACUGUAUUCGCCACUGAAUCCAAACAUUUUAAACAUUAGAUCUUGAUUAAACGCAGGGAGAGUGCCAAGCAGAAGAAAUCCCGGGACAAGUGUGUGGCAAAAAAUUCAGGAUCAGGUUCGAUUGUUGAAGCUUGCAAUCGUCAGGAUGUUGCCGACCAUUCUACUCAUUUGGCUGAGCCGAACAUGAAAUUUAACACCGCCUACACCACUGCCAAAGAAGACCUCGCCUUCACUAAAUUUAAGCCCAUGGUGCGGCUCAUGAAAAAGAAUGUCAUUGAGAUUCAAAUGACAAGUCAUGUGCUAACAUCAUCAGCAUGAUAAUUUUCUGUGGGUGUUCCUAAAUUUUUGCUGGUGCUGCAUGUGGAUGUUACUUUGACACGUACCACCUACCUAAAUAUUGUUGCAGACCAAGUACAUUCCUAAUGGCAGUGGCCAGUUUCAGCAGGAUAAUGCGACAGCAGUGACAGCAGUACAAUGCAAAAUAUCAUGCAGGUACAGGUCAAGAGCUUCAGUUCACUGAAACUGGAAAGUUGAAGACUGGAAAAAGAGCAGUUUUUUUUUCUAAUUUGUCCAGUUUGGGUGAGUCUGUGUCCAUGAUAGCGUCAAGUUCUUGUCUGACCAUAGUGUGGAACCUGAUGUGGUCUUCUGCUGUUGUAUCCACCUCAAGGUUUGAUGUUCUGAGAUGUUUUUCUGCUCACCACAGUUGUAAAGAGUGAUUGAGUUCCUUAUUCGACUAUGUCCUUCCUGGCAGCUCAAACUAGACUGGCCAUUUUCCUCUGAAUUAUCUUAUCAACAAGGCAUUUCCACCCACAGAACUGUUGCUCAUUCAAUGUUUUUUGUUUUUCACACCAUUCUGUAUAAACUCUAGAGACGUGGCGUGUGAAAUUCCCAGGAGAUCAGCAGUUUCUGAAAUACUGAAACUAGCCAGUCUGGCGUCAAUAACCAUGCCACGGUUAAAGUCACAAAGAUCAACGCAUUUUUUUCCCCAUUCUGAUGUUUGAUGUGAACAUUAACUGAAGCUCUUGACCUGUAUCUGGAUGAUUUUAUGCAUUGUGCCACAUGAUUGAAU